AUGUCCUGCUCUGAGAAGUGCCAGCAGUGCCGGCCCUGCGAGCCUUGCUGCCAGCCCUGUGGCCCCUGCCCGCUGGCCAGCAGCUGCAAUGAGUGCUGUGUCAGGCAGUGCCAGAGCUCCCACGUUGUCAUCCAGCCGCCUGCUGUGCUGGUGACCCUGCCUGGGCCCAUCCUCAGCUCCUCCCCACAGAACACCGCCGUGGGAUCCUCCACCUCUGCUGCUGUUGGCAGCAUCCUGAGCUGUGAGGGAGUGCCCAUCAGCUCUGGGGGCUUUGACAUCUCCUGCAUCACCAACUGCUGUGGUGGCAGCAGAUGCUGUCGUCCCUGCUAA